AUGUCGUCCAAGUCCUUCUACGCUCUCAUCGCUGGCGUUGGCCCUGGCACUGGUCGUUCCGUCGCUCUGCGAUUCGCUCAGAAAUACCCAGUAGUAUUACUUGCUCGUCGGCCUGAGAGUUACGAGAGUACUCUUGCAGAUGUUCAAAAGGCGGGUGGUAAGGCGAUCGGGGUCUCAGCCGACGUUGGAGACGCUGCAUCUUUGAAGAAGGCUUUUGAGACUAUCAACAAGGAAUUGCCAGACAGUCAACUCGCGGCCGCUGUUUACAACGUCGGAAGCGGUGGCUUUGCUAAGAAACCUUUCUUGGAGCUCACAGAGAAUGAACUCAAUGCCAGCAUUGAUGGAUCUAUCCGGGCAUUCUUCAACUUUGCGCAAGCUACUAUCCCUCAUCUUCUUGAAGCAGUACCAAGCUCUCACUACCCUCCGACCCUAAUCCUCACUGGCGCCACAGCUUCCGUUAAGGGUUCCGCGCAGUUCAGCACCUUUGCAGCUGGAAAAUGGGGCCAACGCGCGAUGCAUCAAUCUCUUGCUCGUGAAUUCGGUCCAAAGGGUGUCCAUGUAGCUCAUGCCGUGAUUGACGGAGUCAUCGAUAUCCCACGGACCAAGCAAUGGGCUGCUAAUGACGGUGUCGAGGAUGGAAAGAUUAGUCCUGAUGCGAUUGCUGAGGCUUAUUGGAAUCUUCAUACCCAACAUCGCUCUGCAUUUACCCAGGAGAUCGAUAUCCGGCCAUACGUUGAGAAGUGGUAG